GUUGGGUAGCCAGUCAGAGUCUGACAGAAGACACACGUGAAAGGAGUCGAGAUGUCUGCCAAGCGCCUCCUGAUCCUGGCUGCCGCCUGCUCCUGCCUCUUAGUCUUGACAAGCGGGGCAAUCAUCCCUUCAAUAGGAAUCAAGCCUGAGUGUGGCUCGUAUGCGCUGCCCAUCUGCACACGGAUGUACCUCCCGGUGUGUGGCACUGAUGGCCAGACUUAUGGCAGCGAGUGUGAGCUUUGUGUGGACAACAUGAACAGGGAAAAUCAGGUGUAUAUUCUAAAGGACGAUGAAUGUUAAAUUCAUGGAUGGACACCUGGAGGUUCGCCGAUCUUCUCCCUGCUUUACAUUUCACAAGCUCCCCUUUGUUCCACUAACCCAUUCAAAGAUGAAAUAAACGUUUACUUCUAGCAUUAAA